AGCUCCGAGCGAGCUUUCCGUCUAUCACCAAUCCAAUAUUCACCUCCCCACAGCCUUCAAAAUGUCAUCUCCCGGCGAAUCUGUUGACGAGAGCCCUCCUGAAAUCGAUCCCUAUGAGAUUUUGGGACUCGAACGCGAGGCUACACCAGACCAGGUCAAGUCGGCAUAUCGAAAAGCAGCACUCAAGAACCACCCAGACAAGGUCUCCGAUGACCAAAGAGAUGAAGCGAAAGAAAAGUUCCAGGAAAUCGCUUUCGCGUAUGCCAUCCUCUCCGACCCGGCGCGACGCAAGCGAUACGACACAACCGGUUCCACGUCCGAGUCCAUUAUCGACUCGGAGGGCUUUAACUGGUCCGAUUACUACCGCGAACAAUUUCAAGAUGCGAUUUCCGCCGAAGCCAUUGAAAAUUUUGCCAAGAAGUACAAGGGCUCCGACGAGGAGAAGGAUGACGUGUUGGUUGCCUAUGAAAAGUCCAAGGGCGACAUGGACGGGGUCUACGAAUCGGUUAUGUUGAGCGACGUCCUCGAGGAUGACGAACGAUUCCGCCAGAUUAUCGACGAGGCUAUUGCCAGCGAAGAUGUCCAAGCGUACAAGCGAUACACAAAGGAGAGCAAGCUGUCAAAGGCGGCUCGCGUAAAAGCAGCAAAGGGCGAGGCCAACGAGGCUGAGGAUUACGCCAAAGAGCUGGGAGUCCACGAUAAACUCUUUGGCGACAAGAAGGGCAAGGGAAAGAAGAAGGGCAAGGACAGCGGAGAGGCCGACCUGGCUGCGCUCAUUCAGGGCAACAAGCAGAAACGCGCCGGGUUCCUGGACGAUCUCGCUGCCAAGUAUGGAGCCACCAGCCAGCCUAAGAAGGGCAAGAAGAGGGCCGUGGAGGAGGAAGAGCCGUCAGAAGAGGCAUUCCAGGCUGCAGCUGCACGGCUGAAGAAGCCCAAGGCAGAUGAGAGCAAACCUGCCAAAGCGGGAAGAAGAUCGAAGCGGUAAAACAUGGCAUUUCCGGAUCGGCGUCUAAGGUUUGGGGGUAAAUCGGCAAGGAUAUGGAGAUCUUGGUAUGGGAUUCACUUGGGGUUAUGAAAGUAGUACUUCUGAGCACUAAAAAAGGUCUUUACUCAUG